AUGGCGUCUGGUUCAUCGACGAUGUCGAGAUUUAGCCACACUGCGUUGUCUAAGCCAGCGAACAGUGCGCAGAGCGAUUUCGAGAAUUAUUUGCAUGCGUUAUGCUUCAAAGCGGUGCAAGUGAUCGUGGAAGCACGAUUAGGAGAGCGGAUUUCUACGCCUUCAAAACCCGACGUCUUCGGGACUGAUUGGGUUCUGUCCGUUUGGGCCCGAGGAAAACUUUCGCAGAAAGUUUUCAAGUUCAACAUAGCCCUGAACAAGCAGGAAGAAGUGCGUAAAGAGACGAAGAAAGCCUUGUCGGGUUCCCUGCCGUCCCCUGGUAUCCCGUUGUGCGUCGAGAUAUCCUUGAAAACUUCCGACGGAGACGUGAUGACGCUCGAGUGCUGGCAACUGAACGUCGACGAGCCUUCCCCCAGCUCUAGUCCUGUGUCGCCCGGCAAAUCCUCGUAUCUCGUCUACAACCGCAUGUCGGCGCUGCUGAAAACCUUGAUAUCCGUCACCAGGACGACUCCUGCGUACGGAGUUUCACGGCGUCAAAGCCGAGAUGCCUAUGUCAUUUGCUACCGUGUUUACCUUGGUCAGCCGACUACGGAUACGUUGGGUAAGUUAUUUUGA